AUGCAGAUCUUCGUGAAGACCCUCACCGGCAAGACCAUCACCCUCGAGGUCGAGUCCUCUGACACGAUCGACAAUGUGAAGGCCAAGAUCCAGGACAAGGAGGGUAUCCCGCCCGACCAACAGCGCCUUAUCUUCGCGGGCAAGCAGCUCGAGGACGGCCGCACUCUUUCUGACUAUAACAUCCAGAAGGAGAGCACCCUCCACCUUGUCCUUCGUCUUCGUGGCGGUAUGCAGAUCUUUGUGAAGACCCUUACUGGCAAGACCAUCACGCUUGAGGUGGAGUCUUCGGACACCAUUGACAACGUGAAGGCCAAGAUCCAGGACAAGGAGGGUAUUCCCCCGGAUCAGCAGCGCCUCAUCUUCGCUGGCAAGCAGCUUGAGGAUGGUCGGACGCUCUCCGACUACAACAUCCAGAAGGAGAGCACUCUCCACCUUGUCCUUCGUCUCCGCGGUGGUAUGCAGAUCUUCGUCAAGACGCUCACGGGCAAGACCAUUACCCUGGAGGUUGAGUCUUCGGACACCAUCGACAACGUUAAGGCGAAGAUCCAGGACAAGGAGGGUAUCCCGCCGGAUCAGCAGCGCUUGAUCUUCGCUGGCAAGCAGCUGGAGGACGGCCGCACUCUCUCCGACUACAACAUUCAGAAGGAGAGCACGCUUCACCUUGUUCUCCGUCUCCGUGGAGGUAUGCAGAUUUUCGUCAAGACGCUGACCGGCAAGACGAUCACCCUCGAGGUCGAGUCUUCGGAUACGAUCGACAAUGUCAAGGCCAAGAUACAAGACAAGGAGGGCAUUCCGCCAGACCAGCAGCGCCUAAUCUUCGCUGGUAAGCAGCUAGAGGAUGGCCGCACUCUCUCCGACUACAACAUCCAGAAGGAGAGUACUCUGCACCUUGUCCUUCGUCUGCGCGGCGGAAUGCAAAUCUUUGUCAAGACGUUGACCGGAAAGACGAUCACUCUCGAGGUCGAGUCUUCCGACACGAUUGAUAACGUCAAGGCAAAGAUCCAAGACAAGGAGGGCAUCCCGCCAGACCAGCAGCGUUUGAUCUUCGCCGGGAAGCAGCUCGAAGAUGGGCGCACGCUUUCUGACUACAACAUUCAGAAGGAGAGCACGCUGCACCUUGUCCUGCGUCUACGUGGUGGCAUGCAAAUCUUCGUCAAGACGUUGACGGGUAAGACGAUCACCCUCGAGGUGGAAUCGUCCGACACAAUCGACAAUGUUAAGGCGAAGAUUCAGGACAAGGAGGGCAUCCCGCCUGACCAGCAGCGCCUGAUCUUCGCCGGGAAGCAGUUGGAGGACGGUCGCACCCUGUCGGAUUACAACAUCCAGAAGGAAAGCACCCUCCACCUGGUGCUGCGUCUCCGUGGCGGCUUCUGAGCGCACGCCCUGCCUGGUUUAUCCUGUGGUUGACGUGUGGUCCUGUCGGGAGGAUGGCCGGUGUCUUCACCGUUGUAUCAUCGUUGUAUUGUACAUUCUACGCACUGUGAUGUCAUGACAUUCGCUAUGUCUGUUUGUU